CUGGAUUGGUGUGCCCAGGAUUUUGAUUUCAAAUCUGCUGACGUUAGAGGUGGGCGGGGAAUAAGCCGGGAGGUUUGAAUUUGCAGUGAGUAGGCUGUAAUAAGCGGCAGGAAGUUGCGGAGGAGACUUAGUGACCUUCAGUUCGUGGAGCUGGUCGUCAACAUGUCUUUUCCUAAGGCGCCCCUGAAACGAUUCAAUGACCCUUCCGGUUGUGCACCGUCUCCAGGUGCUUAUGAUGUUAAAACGUCAGAAGUAUUGAAAGGACCAGUAUCCUUUCAGAAAUCACAAAGAUUUAAAAAACAAAAAGAAUCUCAACAAAAUCUUAAUGUUGACAAAGAUACUACCCUGCCUGCUUCAGCAAGAAAAGUUAAGACUUUGGGAUUAAAGAAGGAAUCUCAAAAGAAUGAUAAAGAUUUGAAGAUAUUAGAAAAAGAGAUUCGUGUUCUUCUGCAGGAACGUGGUGCUCAGGACAAGCGGAUCCAGGAUCUGGAAGCCGAACUGGAGAAAAUGGAGGCCAAGCUAAAUGCUACAGUCAGAGAGAAAACAUCUCUCUCUGCAAGUAACGCUUCACUAGAAAAACAGCUUAUUGAGUUAACCAGGACUAAUGAGCUACUAAAAUCAAAGUUUUCUGAAGAUAGUAACCAGAAGACUAUGAGAAUUCUAAGCCUCGAGUUAAUGAAACUUAGAAACAAAAGAGAAACAAAGAUGAGGAGUAUGAUGGCUAAACAGGAAGGCAUGGAGGUGAAGCUGCAGGUCACUCAGAAGAAUCUUGAGGAGUCUCAGGGGAAAAUAGCACAACUUGAGGGGAAACUUGUUUCGAUAGAGAAGGAAAAGAUUGAUGAAAAAUCCGAAACAGAAAAACUUUUAGAAUACAUCGAAGAAAUUAGUUGUGCAUCAGAUCAAAUGGAAAAAUACAAGCUAGAUAUUGCCCAGUUAGAAGAAAAUUUGAAAGAAAAGAACCAUGAAGUUGUAAGCCUUAAGCAGUCUCUGGAGGAAAAUGUUGUUUUACGUUCUAAACAAGUAGAAGACCUGAAUGCUAAGUGUCAGCUGCUCGAAAAAGAAAAAGAAGACCUUGUCAACAGGGAUAGAGUACGGGAUGAAACUCUAAAUUCUGAAAUGCAAAACUUAAAGGAGAAACUUACUCUUGAAAAACAGGAACAUGAAAAACUACAACAAAAAGAAUUACAGACUGAUUCACUUCUGCAACAAGAGAAGGAUUUGUCCUCCAGUCUUCAACAGAAGCUAUGUUCUUUUCAAGAGGAAAUGAUGAAAGAGAGGACUCUCUUUAAGGAAGAAUUAAAGCAAGUACUGGAUGAGCUAGAUAAAUUACAGCAAAAGGAGGAACAAGCUGAAAGGCUAGUUAGGCAGUUGGAAGAGGAAACAAAAUCUCGAGCUGAAGAACUAAAACUCCUAGAAGAGAAGCUGAGAGGGAAAGAAGCUGAACUGGAAAAAACUAAUGCUGCUCACUGUCAGGCCACCCUGCUCUUACAGGAGAAGUAUGAUAGUACAGUACAAAACCUUGGAGAUGUUACUGCUCAAUUUGAAAGUUAUAAAGCAUUAACAGCUAGUGAGAUAGAAGAUCUUAAGCUGGAGAACUCAUCACUUCAGGAAAAAGUGGCCAAGGCCGAGAAAAAUGCAGAGGACAUUCAUUAUCAGAUAUUGGCAGUUGAGACCUCAAAUCAAGAAUACGCAAGGAUGCUUCUAGAUCUGCAGACCAAGUCAGCACUUAAAGAAGCAGAAAUUAAAGAAAUCACAGUCUCUUCUCUUAAAACAAUAACUGACUUGCAGAACCAACUCAAGCAACAAGGUGAAGAGUUCAAGAAACAACUGGAAGAGGAAGAAGCAAGAAAAGCUGGAAAACAAAACACAGUGGCAGAGUUAACUGAGGAAAUGAAUAAGUGGCGUCUCCUUUAUGAAGAACUAUAUAAUAAAACGAAACCUUUUCAGCUACAACUGGAUGCAUUUGAAGCAGAGAAACAGGCUUUGUUGAAUGAACAUGGUGCAGCUCAGGAACAACUAAAUAAACUAAGAGAUUCGUAUGCUAAAUUACUGGGUCAUCAAAAUCUAAAGCAAAAAAUCAAGCAUGUUGUGAAACUGAAAGAUGAAAAUAGCCAACUCAAAUCGGAGGUGUCAAAACUCCGCUCUCAGCUUGCUAAAAGAAAACAAAGUGAGACAAAACUACAGGAGGAAUUGAAUAAAGUUCUUGGUAUCAAACACUUUGAUCCUUCGAAGGCUUUUCUUCAUGAAAGCAAAGAAAAUUUUGCUCUCAAAACGCCGUUGAAAGAAGGCAAUACAAACUGCUGUUGAGCUCCUAUGGAGUUUCAAGAAUGAUGCAAGUAAACAUCUGAAAGACCUGUUAAAGAUUAUUUCAUUCUUACUAUUUUUAUUAUUAUUGUUGCUAUUAUUAUUAUGUUUGUAAUGAAUAUUUUUAAUGUAUUUAAUAUUAACUUUCUAUUCUUAGGAAUGUGAAGGGAAGGAAGUUCAAUAUUUUUUACCAGUAUGACUUCUGACAUUUUAUUUUCUAUUGUCUGUACCUCCUCCUUGAUGCUUACCUUUAUCACCUCAUUAUACACCUUCUCACUGGCUUUCCAACUUACAACUCAUCCCAUCCAAUAAACAUUCCUUUAAAAAUUUUUCAGAUUUUUAUUCCCCUACUCUGAAUCCUUAAACAGUUUCAAGAUUCUAAUCUAUAGGUUUUUUAGUUUGAUACCAGAGGCCUUUUCUAAUCUGAACCUCUUAAGCUAGGCUAAAACACCUUGGCUUGUUCUUGCCUCUACUUGGAUUGUCUAAUAAUGUUCAUCCUGUUGUACCCAUCAUCCAUUUAUCCAGUUCAAAUAAGAAAUAAGGGUAUGCCUGGGCGCCUGGGUGGCUCAGUUGGUUGAGCGA